UUUGUUUUUGUUUUUUUUUCUACUUUUCUGAGUUUCGAAACUCCCACUCAAUUUGUGAUCUUUCUCUUUGUUGUUGUCUGUCAUUUUGGUGUUGAGAACGCUUCAAUGGCGACAACGACGACGAGGACGGGCAAGCUCAGGAGGGAGCAGCAGCGUGGUGGAGGCCUGCGUGCUCUGCUCGUGCAGCUGCUUGCGACGCUGAUCGCGGCCACCGCUGCUGCUGCUGCUUCAGCCACUGCUGCGGACAUGGCAGCAUCAUCAUCAGGAGCGGGCGCGACCAGCGACUCGGCGCGGUGCAUCUGGACGAGCAUCUCGCGCCCAAUGCAGCUUGUUCGACCCGACGCAACGCACUCCAAGCUCGAGAUUGUCGAGGACACGAUCGAGCAGCUCCGAAGCCUCACUGGACCCAUCGCAGUCAUCAGCACUGUUGGCCCGUUCCAUUCUGGUAAAUCGUUCUUGCUCAAUCAGCUCCAACAGAAGGCAGCCCAAGAGGCGGGAGACAGCUCCAGCGACUGCGCAGCCGAGUUCAGCGAUUCCCUCCACCAACAAGACCCGGCGUCGGGUUUCAAGGUCGGACCCACGACCAAUCCCGAGACAAUGGGCAUCUGGAUUUCGGGAUUCCGAUCCCUCUCGCUGCGUCCGGGUCAGAAGGAAAUGACCGUCUUGUUUGUCGACACGGAAGGCUUUGCUGGCGUCGACGCCAACCCCGUGUACGACAGCAAGAUUUUCGCCGUGGCCACGUUGAUGAGCUCCCACCUUCUCUUCAACAAUGUCAAGAUUAUCGACCAAAGCGCCAUCGACUAUGUCGAGCUCCUCGCGCGUCGCACCCAGCUCUUUGCCCUCAAGGCACAGCUCGAUCCCGCUGGUGCCCCAGAGGCCUCAACGGCAGCCGCUCAGCAGCACCAACACGAGCAAGAAGAGGAUGUGAUUGAGUUCGACCCGGAGCUCGUCAAGUUCCCUCCGCUGACUUGGGUGGUCGAGGACUUUGCUCAGCAGCUCGUCAACAACGAGACGCCCACCGAAUGGCUCCACCGCUUGGUCAAUGCGUCCAAGUCCCGAAAGCAGCUCCAACCCGCCUCAGCCACACACGCUGCUGGCGCUGGCGCUGACGCCGCCGCAGCAAACAAGGACCGCAAGGCAGAAUCAUCGGCAGAGGCGUCACUGGCCGACGUGUUCCCAUCGCUCGCCUGCCACACGCUCUUUUUGCCAGCGGCCACGCGCGAGCGUCUGAUUGACCUCUCGAUGGUCUCGGAAAACGACUUGACCGAAGACUAUCGCCAAGACCGCGACGCGCUCUGGGCUGACCUGCGCACAAAAGUCAUUCCAAAAACGCACAAAGGGAAGCAGAUUGGCGGCAUCCAACUCGGCGCGCUCGCACGCGUGCUCGUGUUUGCAGCCAACCACGGUUCGAUGGUGCGCAUUCCCUCGAUCUGGCACAUGUUCUUGGAUCAGCAGCGCAAGAUUGCCCGCUCAGAGUGCACCGCGUUCUACCGUCGAGAAAUGUCGACCUACCUUCGCCGCCUCGACCCCGAGACUGUGCGACAAAUCGAAGCCUCCACCAGCAGCGCCGUUGAUGCCUCUUCAAACCCGUCGACCACAGCCAUGACAAUCAAGACGGGCCUGCAGUCCCUCACCCGGAGCCUUCGCGAAAGCAACCUCGGCGCAGUGUCUUUGGCCCAGAAGGCACAGAAUCAACUCGACCCGCUGCCGUUUGCCGUGCCCACUUCGUACUUGAAGCACCUGCACAGCGACGUCUCUGUGCACAGCAUGGAGCUCCAUCAUCAGCUCGUCGGCUCCAGCGACGCUGCCCAAGAGAUGCGCAGCUCACUCGCCAACGAACUUCGCAAUCAAGAAGACCAAAACAACCAGCGCAUGGACCGCUCGUGCAAGAUUGGUACAGACGUGCUUUCGCAGCUCGCCGAAGAAAUGUUCCACGCCCAAGAGCUGCCCGUCCAGCCGCAGGCCCUGAACGAGCUCGCCACCCAUGUUCGCAACACGUGCUUUAAGAUUUACGACUUGCAGCUUGGAUAUCUCAAGGACGAGGAGACCUUUACCAAGUACCGGGAGUCUCUUGCACACACCCUUUCAAGCAUUAUCGAAGCGAGGCACUUGCGCAACACGGAAGAGCAUCGCAAGACCCUGACGAAUGCCAUCAAAAUCGCCAUGGAGCAGGUCCACAAGACCCAAGCCGAGGCCAAGUCCCGAGUCUGCGUCCAGUCGGCUACUGGGAAUACCGGAGCAUGCGCGUCCGCUGACCAGCGUCCGUUUACUCUCGGCGAGCUCCAUGCCCUCGAGCAAGAAUGCAUCAAAGUGGCCGAGCAAGAGUUUGGGCCACGCAGCUUGGAUGCCGACCAGAGCUUGCGCGAGGAAUUUUACAACAUCCUUCUCCAACAAAUCAAGGUGGCAGCCCGGGCGUUCGACGAGGCCAACUCGUCCAAGCUCGAGCUCAAGUACCAUGCCGCGCGUAUGACCACUGAAGGCAACCUGUCCUCGAAGCUGCAGACAAUCUCGCUGCCCGCAGCGGAAGAGGAAGUAGAGCACAUGGUCAAGCUGCACGCCGAUGCUGUGUUGAAAAACUACGAGGCCGAGUUGUCGCUGUAUCGAGAUCGCAGUGACUAUGCCGUUCAGCUCAAGGCCGUUCAGGCUCGAAUCGUAGACAUGAAACAAGCUCUGUUGCGCAAGAAUGUGGAUCAAUUCGCCAAGCUCAUUCUCGGUCCAAUGGAAGUCGUACGCAGUGCAUUCGAGUCGCACUCGUUCUGGUUUGCGUCCACCUUCCGCAAUGCUGUUCACAAGCAAGCUGAGGCCCAGCUGAAGCUCAACCCGACAAGUGCCGCUUGGAAGCAAGAGCUUCGUACCAAAGUGAUUGACAGCUACAUUGAUCAUCACAUGCACUCUACACUCGGCUCCAUUCGUUUGCAUCAGUACCUCGUGGGCAUUGUGCUCGUACUUGGCCUGGUUGCCGCGUACUUGUUUUCACGUCGUUAAGUCGAUGAUCGCUUUUCAGUAAAUUGUUGUUUGUCGUGGUAUUGUUUCAAGAAGAUGCAAGAGUGAUGCAAGGA